AUGCCGGAUCUACCCACGAUAACCCUCGACACCACCCUCGCCGACCUCUACCGCCGCGGAUCCCCCCGGAACGCCAAGAAGCGCAUCGCCCAGGUCUUCAGCGGCAUCAACUCGGGCACCCGCCUCAGCGCCGACGUCCCCCGCAACGCGAAAUAUCUCUACCAGGACACCCCCUUCAACACCGUGCCCGACGAUGUCUCCUCGAGCAGGCCCAACGGCGAUGCCGGGCAGCAGCGGCAGCAGCACAAGGAGCUCGCGGUGAAGUACCUCUCGUUGAUCCCGCAGCGCGACGCCUUCAUCAGCGGCGACACGGCCGUCGUGCUCUUCCACGUCGACGACACGGACCCGCAGCGGGCCCACGACCGGCGCGAGGCCGAGAGGACCAUCUCCGUGCUCCCCAAGAACCAGCGACCCGACCUCGUCUUCUGCUCCGGCCCCUCGCGGAUCCCCGUCAAAGAAGCGGGCAUCGACCUCAUCGCGUACAAACUCGUCCUCGACGGCCUCGAGGCCUACGACCUUGUCGUCCCGACCGACACGCACUGGUUCCUCAACUCCAAGGCCGCCCUCGCCCGCUCCGGCCUACCGACGCCCCGGUCCAAGAUCCUCGAGCUCGACGGCGUCGCCGACGAGGCGCGGGCAUGCUGCGACCCCUGCACCGACGGCGACGCCGCCGCCGAGUUCGUCAUCCCGGAGGCGUGCGCGGGAUCCCGGGGUGAAUGGUUCGCGCGGCAGAGCUCCCGGAUCCUCGCGGAGCUCGAGUCGCACCCGCUCCCCUUCGUGCUCAAGAACCAGCAGACCUUUGGCGGCGCGGGGACCUACAUCGUCGGGACCGAGGACCAGCGCGCGAGGGUCGUCGACGACCUGCGCGGCGGCGUGCUGCGGAAGCUCCUCUCGUCCGUGACGCCCUCCAACGUCCACCUGCGGCCCGCGGCGCUGAUUCUCUCGGACCUCGUCGAGGACCCCGUCGGCGACUUCGGCCUGACCUUCUUCGUCACCGACGACGGCGGGGAUCCCAUCUUCCUCGCGGCGUCGGAGCAGCUGACGGACGGCGACAACGCGUGGAUCGGCAGCACCAUCAACUACGGGCGGCAGGACGAGCUCGAGAGGAAGUUUGGCGCACUGGUGAAGAAGAUCGCCUCGUGGCUGAGGAGCCAUGACUAUGUCGGACCGGCGGGCGCUGAUGUUCUCGAGACUCGUCCUUCGCCGUCGAGAAGCCCGAAGCCGACGACCAACGGCUGCAAGACGAACGGCUCCGAUAUGAACGGUCACCAGACGAACGGUCACAAGACCAAUGGCCAUACACCCAACGGCUACACCAACGGCACACACCCCGACACCACCGACGCCGACGCCGACUUCUCCAACUUCCACGUCGUCGACCUCAACAUCCGCACCUCGGGCUCCCUCUGCCUCCCCCUCCUGCGCACCCACUUCACCAGCCGCGGCCUCAUGAGCGCCUCCUCCUUCUCCAUCAGCUGCAGCCAGGGCCGUGACGCCUUCAUCGCCGACUUCGCCGACGACUUUGCCGCGGGGCGCAUGUGCGUCGUCAGCUGGUACGAGGACCCGGACACGGGCGCCAGCCUGGCCGACGUGGCCGUCGGCGCGGAGGACGAGGCGGGGCUGAGGAGGGCCAUGCAGCGCGUGAGAGACGCGACGGACGAGGUUACCUUCUGA